GCCAGUUUUGGAAGGAAGUGGCUUGCGUAGUUCGUGUGUCAAACAGAUUGAUAACCGAGACUAGUGUCCUAUUCUAUUGUGUCUCGAUCGGGUGGAAGCAAUUAAAGGAGGAUAACAACAAGACGGUGUUCAUACAAUUAUCUAGAUGAAAUCCUAGCCUGAGAGACUUCGAUGUUUGUAAGUUUAUAGAAAUAAACGGUUGAUCCAAGGCUUUGCCAGAAUGUGUCUCAAUACAAAUUAGGAAUGGGAUCUCCCCCCUUCAAAGCAAACAUAUUUAAGGUGGCCCUCUUCUUUGAGAACAAAGUCUCUCAACAACUACAAAGCUCACUUGUUCAUCCACCCUAAAAGCCACCGCUGCCUUUAUGCCUCGAGUAAUCUCCAAGCUUUCUUCCUUCCUUUUUCUUCAUCCGUUCUCUUCUGUUUUUCGAGUUUUUCUCCUUCCUCCCAUGGAGAAACACCGAUACGGCUUGGUGCUAACUGUUCUUGUGGUCGCCACCCUCGGCGUUGUCUCCUUCGUUUCAUGCGUAGAGAACAAAGGUAAGGAAUUUGACGAUGAGGUCAAGUUGGUUGGCAGACUUUGUAAACUGCCGGAAAGUCAUGCAUUCGGAUUCGGAAUUGCAGCAUUAAUCUGCUUGGUUGUUGCUCAGGAUGGAAAUUUGGUGGCUAUAUGCGGUCAUUUUUGUUCAACAGAAAAGAAGAGUAGUGCUUCCAAAGCCAAACAACCUUUGAUUUUGAUUGCUCUUCUGUUCAUCACAUGGAUGAGCUUUGUAAUAGCAGUGACAGUGAUAAGCACAGGUACUAGCAUGAACAGAAAGCAGUCCUAUGGAGAAGGAUGGUUGGAUGGUGAAUGCUACCUGGUCAAACAAGGAAUCUAUAUUGGUUCAGGAAUUCUGGUCCUGGCUCUGUUCCACACUAGGCUUAGUGAUCACCUAGGAAGCACGGAAGCGCUAGAAGUGUCACGUUUUACGCUUCCAAAGCGGAAGCGUGAUGAGAGCGUGCAGAAGCGACCGGAAGCGCGAACCCAAAUAAAGUAGUUAUGGGAGCGUGAUGGAAGCGCGAGCUUCCAUUUGGAGGAAGGUCAAUCUAUCAAUUCCCAAUCUUACGCUGCCUUUACAUAUCAAAAACUCAAGAUUCACACAAGUACCGAACCCCAACAUAAUGGACGCCUCAUAAGCUUUGAAGGUAUAUUGGCCUCCAUGUGUUGAUGGAGAUCAAAGGAGAUCAAGAUUGUAUCAAACAAGAUUUUCGGAAGUGCCUUGAUGAGCUUGUCGGAGAAGUCAAUGUUUCCUAAUCCAAAUAGGAAAGCUUUAUGCCAUAAGGUCUCUUGCCAUAUAGGUUGAUAUUCUCUCCUUAUUUUGAUAAGUUGUUUUGGAGAAAUGAUAAGAUUACAUAGGAGGGUUGGUUAAGGAUAAUAUUGGUGAGAGAAAAAGAUAUUUUCGGAUAGGUUUGUAUUUGGUACGGAUGAGUUGGAAAAAUAUUCAUGAAUUGGUAUUUUUCAUAUUUAAUAAGAUGUUUAC